CGCGGUAUCUUCAGGCUUGUCUGGCUGAGGACACCAAAAAACAAGUUCUAAUUUCGACGUUGCGUUUCUUUACCUCGUCUUGUAGUUAAUCAUUUAAAAAGUUGCACUUGUGCUACGUUUAUAGAGCAUCGAGAGAGCAGUGGGUUUUGAUUCGUUGACUGCGCCUUCGCAAAUUACGGCCAUGUGGAAGUUUCUUCUGAUUGCACUGGUGGGGCAGCUGAUACUGAUUUCUGCACGUCCAGAGGACACAGUUUCUGAGCCUCAAUGCGCCGACCACGAAGUAUACAAAACAUGCGUAAGCAGUUCUUGUGCCGAAGCCACCUGUGACCGUCCACGCAUCGGACCUGCCUGCACCGAAGACUGCCGGCGUGGAUGCUUUUGUGAAAAUCGUUUCUACCGCAACGCCGAGCGACGCUGCGUCACAAAGUUGCAGUGCCCAGAAGAUUCGGCAGCGUACACGUUUGUGGAGGCUGAACAUGGAGACAAAUGAGUGUACAUUGAGGGUGCAACAAGUUUCCAGUGCUCUUGCAGUGACAGUAUCAAGCGAGGGUUUUACUCAGACAAUUGCAAAUUUUAAACCCGUUUCUGAUGAGUGCCUAGUUGUCAAAAUUUAAACCUCUUUGGGCCUAACGUAAGUCCUCAGUAGAAAUGCAGUAACCAUGGACAACGUCGCUCUGCUUGAACCCACUAAGCAGACCAUCUAUGGAGCAUAAAAUCAUCAAACUUUGUGUUCGAUCACCGGUAUUAUAAAAUUGCCAUUACUGUAAUAUUCGCACGCGUUGUGGGGGACCAGUGGUUACCUUAGUUAAACCGAUCAAUAAAAUAUAUUGCCUCCCCAAUAA